AUGAGGACGUGUUGCUGUAGAUGCUUGUUCUUGAGUGUAUUUGCGUUACUAGUGUUAUUGGUUCCACGAAGUUCUGCGCAUACUGAUAAUUCCGAUGUUAAAGGUCUUCAAGAUCUAUAUCGGUCUUUUAAUUCUCCACCACAGCUCACCGGAUGGAAAUUAAGUGGUGGUGGUGAUCCAUGUCAAGAAUCAUGGACCGGAGUUUCGUGUUCUGGCACUUCAGUUAUCCAAAUUAAACUUGACAAUCUAAACAUCACUGGAAACCUUGGCUACCAGCUUGAUAAUCUCCGUCACUUAAGGCAGCUGGAUGUUAGCAACAACAACAUUUAUGGUGAAAUUCCAUACAGUCUGCCUUCGAAUCUGACAUACUUAAAUUUGGCAGCCAACAAUUUAAGCCAAUACAUACCUUACUCAUUAUCUUCAUUGAAAUAUCUUCGACAUAUGAAUUUUAGCCACAACUUUUUGUCAGGACCUGUUGGGAAUGUUUUUACAGGCCUAUCAUAUCUCAAAGAAAUGGACCUAUCAUACAACGAAUUUAUUGGAGACCUACCAAGUUCAUUUGGAACACUUAAAAGCUUGUCAAGACUGUUCUUGCAGCAUAAUGAAUUCACAGGAUCGGUAAUCUAUCUGGCAGGCCUUCAACUAACAGAUCUGAACAUACAAGAUAACCAUUUUAGUGGUAUCAUUCCAAAGCAAUUCCAAAACAUACACAAUCUAUGGUUUGGGGGAAAUAUGUUUGACAAGAACAGUCCACCCUGGGAAUUUCCUCUGGAUAAUCUACCAGAUCAGCAGAAUAUUACAUCUCCACCAUCUACUGAGUCAAGUGCAGUUACGAGUUUUCCUCUGCACGGAUCUGCCAAGCAUGGGAAGAAAAAAAUGGGCAAAAUAGGGGUAUUGAUUGGUGCAUCUACUCUUGUGGUGGCAUGCUUAGUACUGUUCGUCAUGGUUCACUUCUACAAGUGUGGUAGAAAACUUAGAAGACUGGAAAGCAGCGAAGGUUCACGUCAUUCUCUUCCAAUCAGUAUUCCCAGAGGCACAGAUUGCUCAUCUACUGCCCCUGACGAGAGCCCAGCAGCCUCAGUUAUCAGUUCACCUACUACUGGUCCAAGGCAUGUACCACCAGUACGUACUAAAGUUCUGAGAGUGAAUAGAAGAAGAAGUUUUGCUAGGAAGAGCAGAAUGCCGAUUGGUGCAAAAUUAUACACUGUGGCUGAGCUGGAAUCAGCCACGAAUAGCUUCAACCGGACCAACUUUCUAGGAGAAGGAUCUCUUGGGUCUGUGUUCAGAGCAGACUUCCCUGAUGGACAAGUCUUUGCUGUGAAGUGUAUCAGCACCAUAGAACUCUCUCUUCAUGAAGAACAGCAGUUUCUGGAGGUGAUUUGGAAUGUGUCCCGUUUAAGGCAUCCUAACAUCACAACACUUCAUGGGUACUGCAUUGAACAGGGACGGUAUAUGCUUGUGUAUGAAUUUGUAAGAAAUCUCUCGCUUGAUCAUGCUUUGCAUUCUGAAGCAUACAUGCCUUUAUCUUGGGGACUUCGUCUGAGAAUUGCUCUUGGAAUAGCACGAGCUUUGAAAUACCUGCACUUCACAUGCGUGCCUCCUUUGGCUCACAGAAAUUUAAGGGCUGCCAAUGUUUUAUUAGAUGAAGAUCUAACUCCUCGCAUCUGUGACUGUGGUCUAGCUGUUUUAAAGCCCUUAACAAUGAACAGUGCUAAGGCCGAGGCUUCUGAAACGGAUGCUGGAGACAAUGCUCCUGAAAGCAUCCAACCUGUAUUUGGAAACCAGAAGGAUGACAUCUAUGCCUUUGGAGUGCUGCUGUUGGAGCUUUUAACUGGGAAGAAGCCUUUCGAUGGACUUGAACCAAAAGAAGAGAAUUCCCUGGUGCAAUGGGCAUCUUCCCGGCUGCAUGACAACGAGUCCUUGGAUGAGAUGGUUGAACCAGCCCUCAGAAAAACAAUCCCCCCAAAGGUUCUCUCGCGAUUUGCUGAUCUCGUCUCCCUUUGUACUCAGCCUGAGAAGGGAUUCAGACCUUCUAUAUCAGAAAUCAUGGAAUCAUUGACUCAUAUCCUAAACGACUAUCGCAGAGUUAGAACAACAACAGAUACGGAUUUUGAUACAUACGAGAGGUCAUUCCGCUCAACACACUCACGCUUCAUUGGUUCACCAACAGUUAGCUAUAUGUCUGUCUGAUUUUGCACAGUGGUUAUUUCGAUAUUUGAGUGUUUGACCAAAAUUUGCU